UAAUAACGUAUUGGCCAUGCCGAUAUUCAUUUUCAUUUUAUCAAUAACCUGUUAACACAAAGGAUUUUUUAAUUAUUAUAUUGAUCUUUAUACAUUUUCAUAUAUUUUGUGUACAUUUUUCAUAUAUAUAUACUCGAUAACACAAGAAAAAAAUGGAAGGUAAAAAAUAUAAAGUGCCAAGCUGCAUGGUAAGAGGUCCUGGACCGGUUUACAAGCUGCCGACCCUCGUCGGCUACCACGAUCAUGACCCAUCGCGGCGCAGAAAUCCAGCAUACAGUAUGCGACCUCGAACUGAUACGAGAACCUAUUUGUUGGGGCCUGGUCCUCGUUACGAUACCCGGAAUUUGACGAAGUCCGGACGGCACAAUUCACCCGCGUACACGAUCCGGGGUAGAGAAGCAUGGAGAUUGCGCGAUCGCGCACCGGGGCCCGGGGCGUAUUCUCCCGAGUUAUGUCCGCCGAUGAAUCACAGCCGUAGGCCAUCGGCUUAUAGCAUCAGGUCGCGAGACGUGAUAAGGAUUCUGGACGAAGGACCUGGACCGAACUCGUACCUCUUGCCGACAUGCAUAGGGCCCAAGGUUCCUGACAAGCGCGCUCAAGGUGCAUUUUCUAUUGCUAGUCAUCACAAAAUUCGGGGAGAAAUCGUAGGUCCAGGACCAGCCGCGUAUACCAAAGUAGAUUACAAUACGAUAAAGCGGCGAAGUCCGGCGUAUAGCUUGAAAGGGAGACACAUCCUGAGAGAACAAUUUCGCAGUCCAGCGCCGGUGUUUUAUCCGCUAUACGAUACACGGAAGCGUGCACCUGUGUACUCGUUCGGCACGAAGCACAGCGAGUGCACUGGAGUACCCGUGACGCAGCUAGAUGAUAACUAAAAAAAUUAUCAUAUAUAAAUAUAUGUUUUUGUAUUUCUGGUACUUUCGUAAUAAAUUUUCCUGGUACGGGAAGAAA